AUGAGUAAGUCAGCAGACUCAGAUCGCCAAAUACAAGAACAGAAUCAGCAUACUAGGGGUCGCAUAGCUCCCAAAUUGCCAGCAACAAGGACUCCGAUGCCGAGGAGCCAAGUUCGACAGCGAGUAGCUGUAGAAGCGACUGACAGGUCAGUGCGUGGCUCUCCAAAACCUGCUUUUUCUAGCAGUAGGGAUUCAAAGCAUCCAACAAAGCGGCCCGGAACACUUAGCGACGAAAAGCCAAAAGGAAAGAUAGAGACGUCGACAAAAUUCUCCUCUAUCACAGAUUCUCCUAAAUCUUCUGCCGCGCUACGCCAGACUAUUGCCAAAGCUAAGGCAGCACAUCGUACUGGUUCGACAUUUCCAAAUGCUCCUGGUGCUGCAUUUGGAAAUGAUUCGUUUCCAGAAGUCAUACUCAGCGGUAAUAAUAGCGCAUCUCUCAACAAACGCAUAAGAUCUGCUCGAAUGGACGGUAAAUUGAACAUCGCUGCGAUGGGCUUGAAACAAUUACCCGCCGAGAUCCUCAGCAUGUAUGACAUGAAUGAUGAUAUCGCAGAUGGGUCAUGGGCGGAAAGCGUAGAUCUCGUUAAGCUAAUAGCGGCAGACAAUGAAAUAACUUAUAUCGAGGACAGCCUUCUCCCUGUGGGAAAGCCUGAGACUUUUGCAAAUGGAGAAGAGGACUCUCAAGGAUUAGUACUAGCAUCGCUUGAGAACCUUGAUAUGCACGGAAACCUGCUCCGAACAUUGCCACAUAGAAUGGAGAACCUUCAGUGUUUGACAAUACUCAACUUGUCGCGGAACCGGAUUGACAAUGAAGAUCUGAAGACAAUUGGGAGAAUCCGGACUCUGCGUGAGCUGCACGUUGCGGAAAACAUGGUCAAAGGAUGUGUAAAUCAUGAGCUAUAUGGCCUAUCAAGGCUGGAGUCAUUGGAUCUGUCUUACAAUGCCAUCACACAAAUCUCGCGUGGUAUUGCUAGGCUCUCAAAUCUACACACCCUCAAAAUGGCGGGAAACAAGAUAACAAGCCUACCUGCGGAUUUGGUGGAAGUGACUGCGCUUAAGGACCUGGAUGUCUCGCAGAAUAGCUUACGAGGCUCGUUAUUACCAGUCUCGGUCAAAAGAUCAAUAUCACUGAAAAUCAUCGACGCCUCCUUCAACGCCCUAGAUUCAAUUACAGGUUGUGAAAACUUGAAAAUCCCUGCCUUGCAGAUUCUCAAGAUAUCUCAGAAUAGACUAACAUCCCUGGCGGACGUUUCAUGCUCACCUGAAUUGACAACUCUUGUUGCUGACGGCAACAAGCUCGCGUCUAUACCAGAAGGUUUUGCUAGCUUGACCAAAUUGAGGAACGCAGAUCUUUCUCGGAAUGACAUACGCCAUGUGGAUGAUCAUAUCGGUCUGAUGGAAAAUCUCGUCGUCUGUUCCUUGGCAAACAAUCCACUGAGGGAGAGAAGGCUGCUGAACAUGAAUACCGAGGAUUUGAAGCGCGAGUUGCGAAGCAGGCAUUGCCAAUCGAGUGCCAGCAACAAAGAAAAUGCGGGUUCUGGCCAGAAUAAUGAUGAAAAAGAAGGGGAGCAAGGAGAAUUGCCCUCAAAUAUUUGGUCAAUUCAAGCAGGCGGGGUUGUUGAUCGGUCGCGAAGCAAUAUCGCAGACAUUGAGGCCACUGAUCUUCAAGGGCUAGCCGAAAGUGGAUCAGUUAAAACUUGUCUUCUCCACCAUAAUAUGCUCCCCAUUGUCCCUCUGGUUCUCGACUUACUAGCUGACACACUCGUUUCGCUUGAUAUAAGUCACAAUAAAUUACAAGGUGACAAGUAUCUGCUCGAAGUCUUAUGCCUACCAAAGCUUAGAGUACUGGAUCUAUCAGCAAACGCCAUCGGCUCGUUGGAACCGCUUCUCUCUGCAUUGACCGCACCGUCAUUAUCAGAGUUGAACGUAUCCCGAAACCGUUUGGUGAAGCUCCCAGAGCUUCGCUCGCAUUUUCCUUUGUUGACGUCUAUUUUCGCUGCAGACAACAGCAUCUCCGAUUUGUCUUUCGAAUCUGUGAGGGGCUUGCAAAGUUUGGACGUCAAAAGUAAUGAGAUCAGCUUUUUAGAACCAAAGAUAGGGGUACUAGCUUAUGAAGGUCUGCGAAUGUUCUUGGUCGAUGCGAAUAUAUUUCGGGUGCCGCGACGAGAUAUAGUAGAAAAGGGUAGCGAAGCUAUUCUUACUUGGCUAAGGAGUAGAAUUGAAGAUGAUGCCUGA